UGGUCUGAUCACAAUUUCCUGAAUUUCAUUAUAAUAAUAUAUGGCUACCUUCGGAGAAAGUUCGUGACUUUACAGUCAAUAUUGGAGAUCGAUAAACAAAUGCCCGACACAUACAAAAACAACUCCACUACACCCAGUUCUUCUUCCUUUCUUCAUAACAAGAAACAAUGGAUGCAGACAACACCUGCAAAAACCUGCCCAAUCUCUAUUCAUCAUUUGUCGACACUUUCGUCGACUUUUCGGUCAGCGAGAUCUUCCUUCCCGACCCACCAUCUCCUCCCGUUUUUCAAACCUCCUACCCUUCCCCUAAUCGUCUAAUAGCCAUAGGUGAUCUUCAUGGCGACCUUCGCAAAUCCAAACAAGCCCUCCGUCUUGCUGGUCUCAUCGACUCCCAAGACCAGUGGUCCGGUGGCUCCUCCACUCUUGUACAAGUCGGAGAUGUCCUCGAUCGUGGUGGACAAGAACUCAAAAUCCUUUACUUCCUCGAGAAACUAAAACGACAGGCUGCGAAGGUCGGCGGUAAUGUCAUCACUAUGAACGGCAAUCACGAAAUCAUGAAUGUUUAUGGUGAUUUUUGGUGUACUGAUCCAUCUGGGCUUGAUGAAUUUCAAAAUUGGGCUGAUUGGUUUACUAUAGGCAACAACAUGAAGCGAUUAUGCGAUGGACUAGAGAAACCUAAAGAUAUAUACGAUGGGAUACCUACAAGUUUCCCUGGCGUUAAACAAGAAUACGUAAACGGGUUUAGAGCAAGGAUUGCUGCAUUGAGACCUCAGGGUCCUAUAGCAAGUAGGUUUUUGUCUAAAAACAUGACUGUGCUUGUUGUUGGGGAGUCCGUGUUUGUUCAUGGAGGGAUCUUACCUCACCAUGUUGCUUAUGGAUUGGAACGGAUUAACGAAGAGGUGAGGGAUUGGAUUACUGGAUUGAAAGAGACUGUAUCUUCGGAUUUAGUCAUGUCCCGAAGCUCAGUUGUUUGGCUAAGAAAAUUUUCUAACGAAGUGGCUGAAGAUUGCGAUUGUAGUAUGCUGGAACAUGUUCUUGCGACUAUUCCGGGUGCAAGGAGGAUGAUCAUGGGUCAUACUAUUCAGAAGGGUGGUAUAAACGCAUCUUGCAAUAACAAAGCGAUAAGGAUUGAUGUUGGUAUGUCUAAGGGGUGUAUUGACGGGUUGCCUGAGGUUCUGGAGAUCAGUGAGGAUUCUGGUCUACGAAUCUUGACAUCAAAUCCGGCGUAUGAUCAGAAUAGGCACGAUUUGAUGAUGCGUAAGCAGCAUGAAACACGACCAAUUCAGAAUGGAAUUUCGGAAACCUCAAGGUUCAGUCCUCAAGCUCAAACGAAGAACAAACUUUGUCAUAUUUAUGGAUCAAUGCAAGUAAUCCAAAAGGGGAAUCCUUAAGCUGGGACCCAUCCUUGAAUGCUAUAUAUUCUAUCUAGACUUUUCUAGUCUUAUGUUUGUUUUCUGUUGGUUUUGUUUCUUCCCCUUUCUUUCUUUGUACUUUCUAGCCUCUUAUGUUUGUGAGCUUGCCAUUAAAAAAAAAAAAAAAAAGAAUUUCACAUGAUGGCGGACACAUUACAUAAGAGACUUUUCUAGUCUCUUAUGUAGUCUCUUAUGUUUGUCCACUUGCCCUUAAAAAAAAAUAGUUACAUGAUGGUGGCCACGUUGCAUAAGAUGUUGACUACCAUCCAAGGUGUAUAAACUUUUCAGAUUAUCUAUAA